AUUAACCACAAAUAACGAAGGCUCCAGCCUCCAAAUUAAAGCUGCAAAUCUGUUACAGUAAGACCUUAUUUUAUUCGAUUGAUAGGUAGCGCAAAGUACGGUGGUGGUAAGAUGGCGAUGGCUAGUUUAGCUAGAAGAAAGGCGUACCUGCUUUCGAGAACCGUCGGUAUGGAUAAUGUUCUCAGGUACAGUUUCAGUUACUCCGUCAGAAGAGGCUUCGCUUCGGGAUCUGAUGAUAACGACGUUGUCGUCGUCGGUGGGGGACCCGGAGGUUACGUUGCCGCCAUAAAAGCCGCUCAACUUGGACUCAAGACCACCUGCAUCGAGAAGCGUGGGGCUCUGGGUGGCACCUGCCUCAACGUUGGCUGCAUCCCCUCUAAGGCGCUUCUUCAUUCAUCACAUAUGUACCAUGAAGCCAAGCAUUCUUUUGCCCAUCAUGGUGUGAAGUUCUCUUCUGUUGAUGUUGAUUUACCUGCUAUGAUGGCUCAAAAAGACAAAGCUGUAGCUAAUCUUACUCGAGGUAUUGAAGGUUUAUUUAAGAAGAACAAAGUGAACUAUGUCAAAGGGUAUGGCAAGCUCAUUUCCCCCUCUGAGGUCUCUGUGGAUACCAUUGAAGGUGGAAGCACUGUUGUCAAAGGAAAGAAUAUUAUAAUUGCUACUGGUUCUGAUGUCAAGUCUCUACCUGGAAUCACCAUUGAUGAAAAGAAAAUUGUAUCAUCCACUGGAGCUUUAGCGUUGUCUGAAAUCCCUAAGAAACUUGUAGUCAUUGGGGCUGGCUACAUUGGGCUGGAGAUGGGCUCAGUUUGGGGCAGACUCGGUUCAGAGGUAACUGUUGUUGAAUUUGCUCCUGAUAUUGUACCAUCCAUGGAUGGGGAGGUUCGCAAACAAUUUCAACGUACACUUGAGAAGCAGAAGAUGAAAUUCAUGCUUAAAACUAAGGUGGUGGGAGUUGAUUCAUCUGGAAAUGGUGUGAAAUUAACUCUUGAACCAGCAGCUGGUGGUGAGCAGACCAUUCUUGAAGCUGAUGUUGUUCUUGUAUCUGCUGGUAGAACUCCAUUCACUGCUGGGCUUGGACUGGACAAGAUAGGAGUGGAAACCGAUAAGGUGGGACGGAUAUUGGUUAAUGAAAGAUUUGCUACAAAUGUGCCUGGUGUCUAUGCAAUUGGAGAUGUAAUUCCAGGGCCUAUGUUAGCCCACAAGGCAGAAGAGGAUGGGGUUGCUUGUGUGGAAUUCAUAGCUGGUAAACAUGGUCAUGUGGACUAUGAUAAGGUACCUGGGGUAGUCUAUACACACCCUGAGGUUGCAUCUGUUGGGAAAACUGAGGAACAGGUAAAGGCACUUGGUGUUGAGUACCGUGUUGGGAAAUUCCCUUUUCUGGCAAAUAGCCGAGCAAAAGCAAUUGAUGAUGCUGAAGGAAUUGUCAAGAUUUUGGCUGAGAAAGAGACUGACAAAAUAUUGGGCGUCCAUAUCAUGUCACCAAAUGCGGGAGAGCUCAUUCACGAAGCUGUUCUGGCCAUAAAUUAUGAUGCAUCAAGUGAAGACAUUGCCCGUGUGUGCCAUGCACAUCCGACAAUGAGUGAGGCAUUGAAGGAAGCUGCUAUGGCCACUCAUGACAAACCCAUUCACAUCUAAUAAGCAGGGUAUUACAUUGUUAUUUUUGUUUAAAGAAUUUUGGGAUGUCUUACCGAAGACAGACUUUCUUGUUUUCUCAACCCUUCAACAUUGAAACAGAUGGUUGAAUAGAAAUUUGCUUUUCUUCA